ACAACCAGAGAUAGCUACUUUACUCUGCCAGUUGCAUGUUCUCUUUGGCAAUAGCCACGUCCACGAUUUAUUUUCUAUUUCGGCAUGGAUAGGAUAUAAUAUAUUUUAUAUAUAUCAACGAUAUCUAUUUUUUGCACUCGAAAUCUCAGCUGUCCCCAGCUGCUCUUGUGUUUGUGUUGAAGGGGCCAGCGUGCGUCAGCGUGGCAUGGGAGGCUUUCAGAUCCGGAGGUACCGGGACGAGGAUGACGAGGCGGUGAAGGAGAUCUUCGCCCAGGGCAUGAUGGAGCUCGUGCCCGCCUGCUUCAUGCACAUGAUGAAGCAGCCCCUCAUCCAGAUGGUGCUCAUGUGCAUCUUCUGCGCCCUGCUAGCCAGCUCCAGGUCCCUCCUCCUGCCUGUGCUGGCGCUCACCCUGGUGCUGGCAGGACUCCGGCAGCUAGCCAGCUACAUGGGCAGCAGCUACGUCGAGACCUGUCUGAAGGAGGACCUGGCCUCCAUACGGGAGUUCUACAUGAACAAGAGGGACUCUUGCUUCUGGGUGGCGGAGAGCGAGGGCCAGGUGGUGGCCACCGUGGCCUGCCUGCCCUGCGAGAGGCAGCCCGAGUGCCUGGAGCUAAAGCGCAUGUCCGUCCGGAGGACCCACCGGGGCCUGGGCUUGGGCAAGGCGCUCUGCCGGACAUUGGCGGACUUCACACGGGAGAGGGGCUACCCGGCGGUCAUGCUAACCACUUCUUGUAUUCAGACGGACGCUCAGAAACUGUACGAGCACAUGGGCUACUCCAAGAUGCGGGAGUUUCUCUUACCGAGCCUAGAAGGUAGGCUCAUAAACUUAAAUCUCCUGGAGUACAGAUUAGUGGUGCAGGAGGGGGAAGUCAGAUAAAAGAAAUCUGGCAGGGCAGAAAAUGGUAUGGCUACUGAUUAACCAUAAGGGGCCUGUGUGCAUCGCCUUUGCCAUGGGUGACUUUGUAUGAAAUUUACAAUGACAAUGAAGGCAAUUCAAUUCAAUUCAAUUCAAUUCAAUUCAAUUCAAUUCAAUUCAAUUCAAUUCAAUUCAAUUCAAUUCAAUUCAAUUCAAUUCAAUUCAAUUCAAUUCAAUUCAAUUCAAUUCAAUUCAUAACCACUAAUGUCUUAUUUGGAAAGGGUGACAUCAUUAUUUACUCAGCUCGAGUCUCAUCAUUAUUAGCAUGGGGCAGAAUGUAUCUGUCGGUGCAUCAGACCAGCAAAAAAAAAAACCUGGUAUACUUAAGGUGACUAGCUCCUGGGACAAAUUGAUAUAAAAUUCCUAGAUAUUAGUUUCAACCCGUUCUGAGUACAUAUUUCAAUAGUAAUUAAAUUGAAAUAAGUAAAUAACAAAUCAAGAUAUUUAAAUAGAUAUACUUUUACCUUUUCAUUCAAGAAUUUAGGAGGUAUUGGUGUUUUGUAUUAUCUUUGGAAAUUACUGAGCAAUGAGCACUAAGAAAGUGAAUUACUUAAUUUACUACAUUGAAAAUGAAUAGUCAGAAGAUAAAGUGCCUUCAGAGAGUAUUCAGACCCCUUCACUUUUUGUGUUGCGGAUUUAAUUUUAAAUGGUCAAAAUUGACAUUUUGCCCAUGUCUUCUUUUUUUGUAAUAAAAAUAAAUACAUUUACAUAAGUA